CUUCAUUUGAUAUUUCAGGCGACACAGAACCAUGUCGCCUGCUUAAGAAUUUUGAUCUGUAAAGGUCUAAUAUAUAUCGAUCCCUAGGGUUUAGUCACCAACAAAAAAGGGUACAUACAUACAUACAAAAUGGAGCCUGUCCGGCUUAGUUGGUUUUUCAUGGUCUCUUUUGCCAUUGCUGCAAUGGCGCCAACCUUGAUGGCCAACAUUGCCGACUUCGAUGAAGUGUGGAGGAGAAGAGCCGAGGAAGCGGGGAAGAGGGCAGAGUUUUACUACCACCCUAACCCCGCAGCUGUUGCCAAUGAAGUAAACAAGCGUGUUCUCACUGCUCUAAACGAGGAAGGCAACAACACUAGGAAGCUCCUAACAGUGAAAUCGCCUACAAGCUAUUCUACAAAAAUAGUGAAGUCGCCGUCAAGCUAUUCGACAAAAACAGUGAAGUAUACAGGGCCAUGCAAAGCCGUUAACCCGAUCGACAAGUGCUUCAGAUGCAGACCUGAUUGGAAUUUGGACAGGAAGAGGCUGGCAGACUGUGCCCUUGGCUUCGGCGGAAGUGCCACCGGCGGCAAGGACGGUGAGUUCUACGUGGUGACCGAUCCUUCAGAUGACAAUGUCGAGAACCCAAAGGCAGGAACACUCAGAUAUGCUGUCACUCGGAAGAGGCCCUUGUGGAUCAUAUUCGAGAGGAGUAUGCAAAUUGCAUUAAAACAGGAGCUGAUAUUUGCGAACGACAAGACCAUCGAUGGGCGAGGGUCCACCAUAGAGAUAGCUAAUGGUGCUGGCUUUAUGCUCCAGUUCGUCCACAAUAUCAUCAUUCACAACAUUCGAAUUCGAGACACUUUGUCGACUAAGGGUGGCAUGGUUAGGGACUCUGAAGAUCAUUUGGGCCUUAGGACUAUGAGUGAUGGAGAUGGCAUUAGUAUUUAUGGAUCUUCUAAUAUUUGGAUUGAUCAUGUGUCCAUGAGAAAAUGCGCCGACGGUCUCAUUGAUGCCAUUCAGAAAUCCACCGCCAUUACCAUUUCGAAUUGCCACUUCACUGAUCAUAAUGAAGUGAUGCUGUUCGGUGGAAAAGAUGGAUUCACAGAGGAUAAGUUUAUGCAAAUCACACUCGCAUUCAACCACUUCGGAAAGAGACUGAAACAGAGAAUGCCUAGAGUUCGAUACGGGUUUGUUCACAUUGUGAACAAUGACUACACUCACUGGGAAAGUUAUGCCUUGGGUGGUAGCAGCAAUCCUAUCAUCAUAAGCCAGGGUAACCGAUACAUCGCCAAUCCUAAUUUUAAGGUCAACGAGAACCCGUACCUGGUAACACACAGGGACUAUGCCUCAGAAGCAGAAUGGAAGAAUUGGGUAUGGAGAUCUCAGGGAGAUGUUUUUCUACAUGGAGCAAAAUUUAUUGAAUCCGGAGACCCGACUCAGGCUCUGAAGUUGUUGCAUGAUAACGAUGACCAUGUACAGCCACAGGAUGGAUCAAUGGUUACUGCGCUCACGGAGUUUGCAGGUGCUCGGAGUUGCAAGAAGAAUCAGCCCUGUUAAGAAACGACGUUUGUACAUGAGAUGAGCUCAUGCAUGCAGUCUAGACUUUUAUUGUUACAAAAUGUCGAUGAAGUGAGGGGCAAAGGAAGAAGCAAUUAUGUAAUAUUGAUGAAGAGAGGUUAAAAGAGAAGACAGAUUAAUUUAUAUGAAUGAGAAUUAAUUUUUAUAUAUUUGGUUCA